GCGGGAGGAAGGUGGCGGCGGAGCAGCCGAGCGGGAGCGGGUGGAAGUUGCUCUGCCCGCGGCAAAGUGCGGGGCCGCGGGAGGGACGCGAGCAGCAGCGCGGCCCCUCCAUCCCCAGGCAGUGUGCCCCUCCAGUCAUCCAUGCGUUCACAUCCAGACCCCUUGGGAGAUCCUAUCCUGCUGCUGUCCAGAAUCCUCCUUGUUGAGAUCCUGCAGUGCUCCAGAGGUGGUGUGCUACCUGGGAUGGCGACAGCUCUACCAGGAUGCUAAGCAGGGGAUAAGGCCAGUGGUGGGAACAGAACCAGAAAGUCACCACCAAAGGUUCUGAAACCACGAGGGGAGGGUCAAAGUUGACCCACAAGCAGACGGGUUCCUGUCUCCCGGUGGGACUGAGCUUCAGCCCGGGAUGCUGCAGGAGGCACGGACACUUCCAAGCGCUGCGUUCGAGUGGAUGCUGAGCAAGUGACCCAAGAUGCGAGCCUGGUGCAGCAGCUGCUCCUCUUAGCAGGCUGUGCAGAGAGCAUCUAGCAUGUUCCUCCACCCUGGCCACUCUGCUGGUGCCAACAGCAGCCGCUCCAUUCCAGGGACACCCGGCUGACUUCACAUCGGCUGGACAUUGGACCUGCAGAGCAGAAACCCUGCUGGUGCUUCUGGAGCAGCUGCUCCAGAGAUCUGCUCUUUGAGAGGCUGGCACAGCCUCAGACAGGAAGAUCUGCUGUUUACCAAUCAACACUCCGCUAACCGACCUUCCUUUCUCCAGUGUGUUGGGAUCUUUGCAGCAGCCCAUGCCGCAGCGCCUCGCCUAUUCCACCCGAACUACCCAUGCCACUGGCUUGGACCUAACCUAGGAUAAAUCUCAGCGUGGCCUAGGUAGGGGGGAGCCAUGGGGAGCUCUGCCUCAUCGCUGGCCGCAGAGACGGAGUCGGACCAUGGCUUCAGUAGCACACCCUACCCCGGGCACCCAGCCGUGAGCUGGUAUAGGAGUAGUCACAGUGGCCCUGUUUGGGAAAGUGCCCUUAUAACACGGCAGCAUCAGCAUUUACACCACCGGGUGCGAAGCCAUUCCCACUCUCCUGGCUCCAUGGCUGCUGUCCGCGAGUGGUCCUGCACCCGCUGCACCUUUCUGAACCCCGUUGGCCAGCGGCAGUGCUCCAUAUGUGAAGCCCCCCGCCAGAAGCCUGACCUCAACCACAUCCUGCGCCUCAGCGUGGAGGAGCAGAAAUGGGCUUGUGCCCGCUGCACCUUCAGGAACUUUCUGGGCAAGGAAACCUGUGAGGUAUGUGGCUUCACCCCGGAGCCAGGACCCAGUGGCUCCCCCUUGCCUGUCAUCAAUGGCAUCUUGCCCAAGCCCACUGUGCUUGUGGAGCCCAAGGGCACGUCCAAGGAGGAGGCUGCCAAGGCAGAAAGCAGCAGUGAGGACUCGGAGGGGAAAAGCCCUGAUGAAGCGGAGCUGGAGAGUGGCUGGGCUUGCCAGCGCUGCACCCUGCAUAAUACACCGGUGGCCAACUCCUGCUCUGCCUGCGGUGGCCCACGGAAGCUCUCUCUGCCCAAGAUCCCCCCAGAGGCGCUGGUCGUCCCUGAAGUCAUCACCCCUGCAGGAUUUCACAUGACCCCCUCUACCCCACAGCCUUUAGUCCCUACAGAGAUCUCUGACAGUGACGCCGUGGCCACCCAGGGCCCGGUGGCUAUGGAACAAGAGGCCCAGAAGAUACCAGCCUUCGGUCCCUUCUCCCCAGGGCUGCAGAACAACCCUGUGCCGCGGAGCCGCAGGGAAGUGCCCCCCCAGCUGCAGAUGCCAGGUACCGAAGCCCCCCAGCCCGUGGCUCAGGGCACAGCGGGGCAGAAGGGCUCUCCCCAGGGUCAGGCCAGGGCUGCCCCCGCUGCCCGCUUCCAGGACCUGCUGUCCAACAAGCGGCUGAGCGUGCUGGAGGAGGAGAUGGAGGUCAGUCCUUCCCAUUGGAAGUGCAGCUCCUGCUCUCUGCUUAACUCUGCCGGGGCUGGCAAAUGUGAGGCUUGCAGCGCACAGAAGGGCAGCGACACCAUCAAUCUGGCAGGGGACUCGGUGAGGUUUACCCCGUGCAGCCCUUCCAGCCCGGACUUCACCACAUGGUCCUGUUCCAAGUGCACCCUCAAGAACCCCACCGUGGCCCAGAAGUGCAAAGCCUGCGGCUCCUCCAAGCUGCACGGCUUCCAGGAGCAUGGCACGCAGGGUGAGCCAUCCCCACGUUGCCCUGACUGCGGUGCUGGUGACAAGGGCGGCUGCUGCUCCUCGUCCUGCGGCGGCAGGGCCCCGUCCGCACGCAAGGUCGCCCGUCUCUUCCCAUCCCAGCUGCCCUCCAGCCAGGAGAGGCCGGGCCAGUGGGCUUGUCCCGCCUGCACCUUGCUCAACGAGCUGAAGGCCAAGCACUGUGUGGCCUGCCAUACCCCACAGCAGUAUGUGGCCCAGCGCAAGGGCCUCAAGCCCCUCAAGAGACGGGAGAGCAUGCACGUGGAGAAGAGGCGGCAGACGGAUGAGGGGGAGGCCAAAGCCCUGUGGGAAAACAUUGUGACCUUCUGCCGGGAGAACAAAGUCAAUUUUGUAGAUGACAGUUUCCACCCUGGGCCUAAGUCCGUGGGAUUCCCAGAAGGCGACAGCGUGCAGCAGAGGGUGAAACAGUGGCUGCGACCCCACGAAAUCAACUGUAGCAUCUUCAAGGACCGGUCGGUGAAGUGGUCGGUGUUUCGGACACCCAGGCCCUCAGAUAUCCUGCAGGGACUGCUGGGAAACUGCUGGUUCCUGAGUGCCCUGGCCGUGCUGGCCGAGCGGCCCGAGCUGGUGGAGCGGGUGAUGAUCACCAGGACGCUGUGUCCCGAGGGUGCCUACCAAGUGCGGCUCUGCAAGGACGGCACGUGGACCACGGUGCUGGUGGAUGACAUGCUGCCCUGCGAUGAGUGUGGGUUCCUCCUCUUCUCACAGGCCCAGAGGAAGCAGUUGUGGGUCGCCCUCAUUGAGAAGGCGCUGGCCAAGCUCCAUGGUUCGUACUUUGCCCUCCAGGCAGGGCGUGCUAUUGAAGGCCUGGCUACACUAACGGGUGCGCCCUGCGAGAGCCUGAUGCUGCAGGUCAGCUCCACUAACCCUCGCGAGGAGCCCAUUGACACUGACCUCAUCUGGGCCAAAAUGCUGAGUUCUAAGGAGGCUGGGUUCCUCAUGGGCGCGUCCUGCGGAGGAGGCAACAUGAAGGUGGAUGAUGUGGCCUACGAGAGUAUGGGUCUCCGUCCACGACAUGCGUACUCCAUCCUGGAUGUGCGGGAUGUCCAGGGCUUCAGGUUACUGCGGCUCCGAAACCCCUGGGGCCGCUUCUCCUGGAACGGGAGCUGGUCCGAUGAGUGGCCACACUGGCCAACUCCACUGCGGCAUGACCUGAUGCCCCACGGCAGCAGUGAAGGUGUCUUCUGGAUGGAGUACAGCGACUUCAUCAAGUAUUUUGACUCAGUGGAUAUCUGCAAGCUCCAUUCGGACUGGCACGAGGUGCGUGUGCAGGGCAUGUUCCCCAACAAGGCCAGCGGGCCGGUGACGGUGACAUCGCUGACGGUGUUGGAGCGUGCUGCCCUGGAGUUCGCCCUCUUCCAGGAGGGCAGCAGGCGGUCGGAUGCAGUGGACAGCCACUUGCUGGACCUGUGCAUCAUGGUCUUCCGGGCCACCUUCACCAGCGGGAACAAGCUGAGUCUGGGCCGGCUGAUGGCUCACAGCAAACGGGCCGUCAAGAAGUUCGUCAACUGCGAUGUCAUGCUGGAGCCGGGCGAGUAUGCCGUGGUGUGCUGUGCCUUCAACCACUGGAACAUUGCCCUGGCAGGGCCCAACGCUGCCCAGGCAUCCAGUCCCACCAGCAGCCGACCAGCCACUGAUUAUUCCAGCUAUAUCCUGGCUAUCUACAGCUCCCGGCUGGUGAUGGUGGAGCAGGUGGAGGCACAGCCCACCACGUUGGCAGAUGCCAUCAUCCUGCUGACUGAGAACAAGGGCGAGCGCCAUGAGGGCCGCGAGGGGAUGACCUGCUACUACUUGACGCACGGCUGGGCAGGGCUCAUCGUGGUGGUGGAGAACCGGCACCCCAAGUCCUACCUGCACGUCCAGUGCGACUGCACCGACAGCUUCAACGUCGUCUCCACACGCGGGAGCCUCAAAACACAGGACAGCGUCCCCCCCCUGCACAGGCAAGUGUUGGUGAUUCUCUCUCAGCUGGAGGGUAACGCCGGCUUCUCCAUCACCCACCGCCUGGCACACCGCAAAGCCACCCAGGCCUUCCUCAAUGACUGGAUGUUGACGAAGGGCACCCACAACCCGCUGCUCACGCCCGAGGUCGCAGGGCUCCACGGCCCACGGCCCCUAUGACGAAGCACCUCCCACUCCCUGCUCCGCUUCCCCCUUCUCUGCACUGAGCCUCUGGCCUGGGGUCACCCUUGAGCUGUCAGUGCUGUGGGGCAGAGCCGGAGCAUCAACACACAGCACUUGGUGAGCUCUCAGGGCCAGGACCAGCUCUGCCCACUGCUCCCUUGGCCCUGAUGCCUCCAGACCCUCGUGCACUGGAUGAAGAGUGAGAGGCUGUGGGCACGGGGCCAUCUCAGGAUCCCUCCUGCCCCAAACCUGCUCUGGGGCCGGUGCCCUCAGCCUGCAGCGGGGUCUGCGGGAGAGGGGGGGGCUGGAGGUUGCUGUCAAGGCCCUUCCCAGGCACCACGCUCAGGACUCUGCCCCCUCCCGCGGUGCCAGGGCCCUGGCACUGCAAAAAUAAGAAUAUACCUCUGAUGUCUGUCCAUCUGUGUGACCCUCCAUCUGUCCCCAGGCCCUUCCCACUGUCUUGUUCCCCCCCAUUGUCUGCUGCCAGGAUCAACGUGGCACCAAGGUACCAUAGCAGGGGGUGCCGGGGUCACCAUGGUGCCGCUCAUGGUUGGACCCCCCCAUCCACUUCGUGUGUCCCGGGUGCUGGGGCUGGGGAGGAGAAGAUGCUGGGUUGUUUGAGAAAGCUGCUGCAGGGGGUUUUCCCCACCCCUCGGGGUGACCUCGGCGACCACUGCUUGGGGUGGGCAGCGAGGCCAUGGGGUGAUGCUUGGCAGUGCAGUGGCAGCAGGGACCCCGCUCACCUUGUCACACAGUGUCACUAUGCAAAGGCGGCCAUUGGGAGCAGUGCCUGGAGUGAAGCCAUGGCCCUGAGUCGGGCUCAGCCCCCCCUGGGGCCUCCCCAUGCCCUGCUGAGGGGUGAUGGCUCCAGAACCGGUCUCUGGGGAGCAGCUCCCAUGGCUUUACCAUGUUGCUGUGUCCUGGGGGGUGUGAUUUUAGCAGGAGGGAAAGCAGAGCACCCCAUCCUUAGACAGCAAGCCCUGUGGGCAGCAGUGAGCACAAGGCAAAGGCUUGCAGGAGCUGUGGGGUGCUGCUAGCUCUCCCCCCUGUUCAGGGCAUGGUGGCUCUCUGGCUUGACACGAGGGGGUGGGGGGGUGUGUGUGUGUGUGUGGGUGUGUGUGUGUUUUGGGGCUCCCCUGGUGCUCCCCUUCCUUCCCAAGCCGUGUGAAUGUGCAGUUCGGCAUGGGGCGGGUGAUGCUGGGCACUGGAAUGGUGCUGGGGGGCUGCCUGCACCCCAACGCCUGCGCGGGCAGGGAUGGAUGGUGGCUUGUGGCUUUGCCCAGCGUGUCCCUGUGUCCCCGGGCGGGGGGGACGGUGGCUGCGCUGUCACUGUCCCUGCCCACAGCCACUGAGCCAAGCUCUGCCUGUAUCUUCAUUCUGUUUUCUCCCUUCCCCGCUCUUUCCUCUUUUGAUUUGUCCUUCACUUUUUUGCCCUCUUUCUUUCCGUCUCUCUGAGCUGUGAAUAUUUUUAACCCUGUAAAUACUGCCCAGCUCUUCAGAAUCAUAGGAUAUUUUAUCAGCUGUAAAUCAAACCAGUAAUCCCUGUACGAUACGAAUUAUCCAUGGGUGGUUUUCAAACUCAGGUUCUGACGGACCAAAUAAAGUUUUGUUUUGUACUGAA